UUGUCAUGGAAACAUCAUGUGUUUAUCAAUAUUUCACAAUAUUUGAAUUUUUUAUUAUUCAAUUGUUUAGUCGAUGUUAAACUUGAUUUGAAUACGAUUGAAGAUGUCGUCUCUCAUGCCGGAACUAAAAAGUAACCCGAAAGGGGUACUAGAACCGUACAUUACGACUUUACAAAGUGAGUCAAAAUUAGCGAGGAAACAAGCCUUUCAGAAAAUAAAUUAUGAGAUUUUUGAGAAUCCAGUAAACGAAGGUUGUGAUUUUAAUGUUAUAUUUCCUGAGAUAUACGCUUAUGUGUUGAAAGGAUUUUCCGAUGCUUCGGAAGGAUGUAGGGAAAUGAGUAUCUUGAUUAUCUCAAAUUUCAUUGAACAUUUGCCACUCAAUGAUUAUUAUUUGACAUACAUAUUACCUGUGAUAGUUCGGCGCAUUGGCUGCGCAGAGAUUGUUGAAGAUUCAGAAGAAGUUCGCCUUUUACUAAUAGAGUUAGUUCAUAAAAUAUUAAUUAAAUAUAAAAACACCCAGCUUCUGACAUCUUUCUUUAAUGAUUUCACUAGUAUUUUAACGAAGACGAGCACAGAUCCAUUUCCUAAAGUGAAACUGGAAGCGUGUGAAUGUAUUAUUUUGUUAUCUAAAAUUAUAAAUAGAGAAUUUCAUUUUCAAUGUGAAAGUUUCAUUAAGCCAGUGUUAUCAAACUUUGCACAUCAGCAUUUCAGAGUUCGUGUUGCUGCAAUAAGAGCUAUAGGUGCCAUAGUUAUAAGUGGUAAUGCGAAAUGUUUUGAACUAUCUAUAACACCGAUGGCAGAGAAACUCUUUGACGAGAACACCCAAGUUCGAUUACAAGUAACCCUGGAAGUUGGUAAUUGGAUGAUGAAAUAUAAAGACCGAUAUUCUUUUUGGCAUCGUAUGAUACCGCUAAUGCUUACUAGUUUGAGUGAUGUUAUGGCUGAUAUAAGAACAACUGCGACAAAACUUUGGUCAGAUAUCGGACUUCAAUAUAUGGAAGAAAAUGAGGAAGAUUUGAAAAAGAAAUUGGACUUCCUUAAAGAUGUACCGACACAUUACCCCGAUGUGAAGAGACCUAACUUUGGCUGCAGGUGUCUGGUACAGAGUAAUAUUGGCAAAAUUGUACCUGCUAUAGGGAAAGAAAUGGAUGGAUGGCAAUCUGACGCUCGCUUGCGGGUGGCGCAGCUGCUGUGCUGGCUGGUGCUGUGUGCGGAGGAGGGCGCUACGCAGCACGCAAACGCCAUAGUCAAGAUCCUGAUGCGGGGUGCCGCCGAUGAGGACGCACGCGUUGUUCUAGAGAUAAAACGCGCCGCCGAAUUGUUCGGUUACUUUAUCAUACCGGAGACGUGGUGGCCGCUGUUGGAGGCCGACGUGGACAGCUGGCCGGCGCUCACCGUUAUCGCCAACAUCCUCAAGGGCUCUAAGCCCGACCUAGUCAAGGGGAAAGUCAUGAAGGAACUCUGCAAGGAGUUGGCUGAUCCUGAAAGGUGCAGAGUUAGGAAGCCUAAAUACCAAACUAAUUUGGUACAUGUGACGGAAGCUCUAAUGUCUUUAUGCGGACAGGACUGCGCGCCAGUAUACGAAGACCUCUUUAUUAUCAACUUCACGGUGUACGCCAUGCCUUACGAUGACAAGAUGCAGUUUAUGGCUCUCUCAAAUUUAGACAAGCUGCGUCAGCUAGAAGAUUGCGGGCGGACAUUAACAACGUUGUACGAUAGACAUGUCCGUCGUAUUCUGGUUGACAUUACAAGCGACGCACUCACCUGGACUCUGCUUACCCCAGAUCGCUGUUUGCUUGAAUGUGUGAUGCUUAACGCGGGCUACGCUAUGGGCAGUCAGCUGCACCUCCUGGCGCCCUUGCUGCGGGAGAGCCUGGCCACGCCGCAGGUGGACCCUGAGGUGAAACUGAAGGUGUUCACUGCACUCUCCACGGUGCUGCUGCGCCGACAGACUAACUUCAGCAAGUGUGACACUGACAAGUUGGAGUCCUUCCUCAACAUUGUUAUUGAAGAGAUAAUAGUGCCGAAUCUAGUGUGGGCGCCGGGGCGCACGGCGGAGGCGAUCCGUACUGCGGCGGCCGCAUGUCUGUGCUCCGCGCUGCAGGACGACCCUCACACAGACCUCGAGGACAAGGGCGCUGACGGAGACGCUAAUGAUAAGAAAGUGAAGUUAUUCCCGAGCAAGGAAUCUCUGGAGCCGCUCCUGGAGCGCGUGGUGCCGCUAGUGUGCGGUGCGGCGGACGACAACAGCGCCCUCACCCGCCAACACGCACUGCGCGCCCUCGCCUGCCUCGCCACACUCGCCACCGCACGGGGCUGCUUCACACCUCAACUGCUCCAUAACAUGUACUUUGUGGUGUUGAAGCGUUUGGACGACAGCAGCGAUAAGGUGCGUUCGUUCGCGGUCCGGACGGUACGCACAUUGUUCUCUCAGCGGCCGCGCCCAUACGACACUGUUGUGUUCGGAGCGCACGUCGAUGCUCUUUACAGCGCCAUGCUCAUACACCUCGACGAUCCCGACGAGGAAUUCCGCAAAGAAAUGCUCGCUGCUCUUAUCGCUCUUAGCGACGUCGAUCCUCAACUUCUUAUUAAGAAAGUGAAGGCAAAUAUACAUCUGUAUAGAAACAAGGCCGCCUAUGAGAGCCUUUCUAGUCAUAUUGAGAAUAUGUUGAAAUAGAUUUUCUGUUAAGUUUAUUUUUGAAAUUCAAUGAAU